GAUGGGAGUAUCAUCCCCCAAUAUUAGUACAUGGUUCCGGAAUAAUAGAAGAACUCAACGGAACAAACAACUUAUGUUUUCGUCGACGUGUGAUCAUCAAGAAACAGUGUGUCCUGAAUCCGUUUGCAAAAGCGGAAAGGAAAAGCUACUGAAAACAUUGUGUAGAAAGAGAUUCACGGUUAAUCAACGGAAAGAGUUAGUACGAGUAUUUGAGGAAACUCCAUAUCCUAUAAGAGAUAAAAUGGAAGAAUUAGCCCUGAAAAUGAGAGUGUCUUUUCACAGUAUUACAAAAUGGUUCCAGAAUACUAGGACAUAUAAUCCGCACAAACUUAUGCCUUCGUCAUCACAUAAUCAUCACGAAAAUGUGAGUUCCGAUCGCAGAAGCGAAACGAAAAUAAUAUGGGGCAGCAAAAAGACAUUCACGGAUGUUCAACGCAGCGAGUUAGUACGGAUAUUUGAAGAAACUCCAUAUCCUAGUAAAAAUAAAAUGGAAGAACUCGCCCAGAGAUGGGAAAUGCCAUUCUAUAAGAUCACAUCUUGGUUUGCACGUAUUAGACAAUUUAAACGGGACAAAAUUACGCCUUCAUUAACACGUGAUGAUUAUAACGAAACAGUGAAUUCUAACUUCAAUUACAGAAACGGAACGCUAAACCCGCUGAAAACAGCGACGCGGAAGACAUUCACGGAUAAUGAACGGAACGAGUUAAUACGGGUGUUUGAGAAAAAUCCAUAUCUUAAAAGAAAUAUAAUGGAAAAAUUAGCUCUGAAGAUGGGAGUGCCAUUUCACAGUAUUAAUAUAUGGUUCAAGAAUGCUAGAAGAUAUAAUCGGGAAAAGAUUGAUCUUUUGAAAGGUCGAAUCAAGAUCGAACAUUCCUAUUGCAAAAGCGAGAUGACAAAGCCGGUGAAAACAGCGUCGCGCAGCAAAAGGAAACUCACGGAUGAUCAGCGGAAUGAGUUAGAAUUGAUGCUUAAAGAAACACCAUAUCCUAGAAGAAAUAAAAUGGAAGAAUUGGCCCAAAAGAUGGGAGUGUCAUUCCACAAUAUUAAUCUGUGGCUCCGGAAGAUUAGAAGAUCUAAUCUAAAUAAAUUUAAGUCUUCGUCGUCGCAUGAUUAUCAUGAGAAAUCGAGUUCUGGAUCUGAUUGAGAGAAUCGGCAAGUCCGCUGAACAAGGACGAAAAUAAGGAACUUCAUUGCUCAUGAACUGGAACAAAUGUUCGACAAAAAUCAGAAUCCUGAUAUGUACAUAUCAAAGAGGAACACGUCUAAAAAAUAGAAAUAUCAGACAUAUGUAAAGUUUGUUAUGGUUCUAAAAAGGAAUUCGACAUACGAAUGAAAAAUUGUAAAAACAUUCUUUCUCGAUGUUAUCUGGAUAUGUCGAUUUCGUAACCUAUCCGACAGGCGAUGUUAUUAGGUUGUCCGGAAAGUUCGUGCAGAUGUUGAAAGA